AUGAUCACCUUCAACGGCAACAACACCUAUAACAAGGCCAACAAUAUUUCCAGGAUCGGCAUUAACGACAGGACGAUAGAAAAAGCGGCAAAAAGGACAUCAAGAACAACAGCAACAACGAGUGGCAACAGCGGCAUCGGUCGUUCCACAGCAACUGAACUGUCCAAGAGGGGAGCCCGGGUGAUAUUGGCCUGCCGAGAUAUGAAGAAAGGAGAUGCCGUCGCCAGGGCAAUUAGGAAGAAAACAAUGAACCCGAAUGUAUUCUGCAUGAGACUAGAUUUGUCCAGUUUACACUCAGUAAAAGAGUUUGCUGAGGAGUUUUGCUACAAUGAACCACAGCUCCACGUCUUAAUUAACAAUGCAGCUUACAUGGGCCCUAAAUCAACGACCAGUGACCACAUCGAGAAGAGUUUCGGCGUAAACUACUUGGGCCAUUUCUACUUGACCAAGUUGCUCGUGGACAAACUUCACAAAAAUGCACCCAGCCGUAUCAUCAACGUUAUUUCGGAUUCUUACCAGAGUGGCAAACUCGAUUUCAACGACUUGGCCAUGCAUGAAAGCUACGGCAUCUACAGAGCUUACGCACGAAGUAAGAUGGCUUUGGCAAUCCUCACUUUGGAACUUCACAGACGCUACUAUUCUGAAGUGAUCUGGACAUUUGCUGUCCACCCGGGUGCCGUCAACACCGAUCUUCUCCGUAACUGGCCGGGAAUGACCGGAAACUUCCUGCGAGUUAUGUCCCGCGUUCUGUUCAAGACCCCUGAACAAGGCUGCCAGACGAUCGUCUACUGUGCCGUUGCCGACAAGGUCCGCGACCACGCCGGCAAACUGUUCAUUAACCACCAGGCUGUGAACUACGUGAAGAGGGUUCGCGACUGGGAUAUGGCCAGGCGUUUGUGGAACGUCAGUCUGCAUUUGAUUGGCUGCGACGACGAGAUUGAGCCAGAACAAGUGGAGGAAGCAAUUCAUGGCGCAGAUACGGCGAAGGAAGAAUGAAGGAAGGAAGGAACGGAUGAAUUAAUUAAGUAAAUAUUAAAUAAACAUCAACAACAACAACAACAACAACAACAAAAUAGCAAUAACGACAACAAACAAUAACAAUCAUAAGGACGGCAGCAGCAACAACAACACCAACACCAACAACAACAACAACAACAACAACAACAACCGCACCAGCAACAACAACAUGAACAUCAGCAACAACAGCAAAUAAAAAGUCAUAAUGUUAAUUUGGACUAAGUUAAAUCAAAAUCAAUAAACAAGUAUUUAAUUAGAUAUUCAAUUAAAUUAUUAAAAAAAGAAA